CGGCGACAGCUUCCGUACUCAGUCCAGCGGCUCAUCUCUUCAGAUCGAACAAUGUCUCUGGUUGCGAACGAGGAGUUCCAGCACAUUCUGCGUGUGCUCAACACUAACGUCGAUGGUAAGCAAAAGAUCAUGUUUGCCCUUACCUCCAUCAAGGGUAUUGGCAGGCGUCUGGCCAACAUUGUCUGCAAGAAAGCUGAUGUCGACAUGAACAAGAGGGCUGGUGAGUUAUCUGCAGCUGAGAUUGAUAACCUCAUGACUAUUGUUGCCAACCCAAAACAGUACAAGAUCCCAGACUGGUUCUUGAACAGACAGAAAGACUACAAGGAUGGAAAGUACUCUCAAGUUGUCUCCAAUGCCCUUGACAUGAAGCUCAGGGAUGACCUUGAACGUCUCAAGAAAAUCAGGAACCACCGUGGGCUGAGACACUACUGGGGUCUACGUGUUCGUGGACAACACACCAAGACAACUGGCCGCAGAGGAAAGACUGUUGGUGUGUCUAAGAAGCGUUAAGCUAAUGUUGGUGGCUGCAGCCUGCAGGUGGAUUGAAUCUUUGAUAAGGACUGUCUUUAAGUUAUUUGAACAAUUUUCCACAAAUCGAUUGUGUCGUUUAUGUCUUUAAGGACUGUUUUAUUACAUUAUAAGAUAAUAUUUUGUUUUUGGCUCUUUUAUCACUAAAGAGCUGUUUAUUCAGAACUGUUUCCAGAUUUGAUCAAAAUAAACUUGAUUCAGCUGAGUGUUAUGAAAUCUCUCAAUCGCCAG